GAAGCUGGUCCUUGAAAGUGAUUUUAAAAUCCUAUCGUUUGUACUCCUGUUUUCGCUGGUAAUGUACUUGGUCCUACAGAGUUGUCAGACUCGAGCAAGAUUUGGUGUUUAUAGGCAGUUUUUUCAGAUUGGUUUCAGUUGCUCCAGAACAGUCUUUAGAAAAUUGUCCACAUCCUUAUGUUUCCAUAGGGAAUUCUACUGGAACGAUCGGUACGAUAAUAAUGAGGAGAAGUUCGACAAAGUACUCAUAGCAAAUCGAGGUGAAAUCGCCUGCCGUAUAAUCCAGUCAUGUAAACGACUAGGGAUUCGCACUGUCGCUAUUCACAGCGAAGUGGAUUAUAUAUCUCGUUUUGUGUCCAUGGCGGACGAAGCAGUAUGUGUUGGUCCACCUCCAAGUGCCCAAUCUUAUCUAAAUAUGCCUGCUAUUUUAAACGCUGUAAAGUCGACGGGUGCCCAAGCAGUACACCCUGGUUAUGGCUUUUUGUCAGAAAACACUCUUUUUGCCGCGGAGUUAGAGAAAAUGAAUGUUGUCUUUCUUGGUCCUAAUUCUAGAGCUAUAAAAGCUAUGGGAGAUAAAAUUGAGAGCAAACGAAUUGCUAAUCAAGCUAAAGUUAAUUGUAUCCCAGGUUAUGAUGGAGAAGUGGAUGGUCCAGAUGAAGCUGCUAGGAUUGCUGCUGAAAUCGGUUAUCCUGUUAUGAUUAAAGCAUCUGCAGGUGGUGGAGGUAAAGGUAUGCGUAUAGCAUGGAAUGAAAAAGAGGCUCGCGAAGGUUAUCGACUUUCUAAAUCAGAAGCAAAAGCCAGUUUUGGAGAUGAUCGCAUGUUGAUUGAAAAAUUUAUAGACAAUCCAAGACAUAUUGAAAUACAGGUACUGUGUGACAGACAUGGAAAUGCAAUUUAUCUUAAUGAACGGGAAUGCUCUAUUCAAAGACGCAAUCAGAAAGUCAUUGAGGAAGCACCUAGCACAUUUUUGGACCCAACUUCGCGUAAAGCAAUGGGUGAACAAGCUGUCUCGUUAGCCAAAGCAGUUGGUUAUGAUUCUGCAGGAACUGUUGAGUUUUUGGUUGAUUCCAAGCGUAAUUUCUAUUUUCUUGAGAUGAACACUCGACUUCAAGUAGAGCAUCCAAUCACUGAGUGCAUAACUGGUGUUGAUGUUGUACAUCAAAUGCUUCGAGUCGGUAAAGGGCAUCCGUUAAUGCUAUCUCAGUCUGAUAUACCCGUGAAUGGAUGGGCUUUUGAGUGUCGUGUAUAUGCUGAAGAUCCAUACAAAGCGUUUGGUUUACCAUCGAUCGGGCGUUUACGUACUUACAGUGAACCUUUGCACAUACCUAAUGUCCGCUGUGAUAGUGGAAUCAAUGAAGGAUCGGAGAUCUCUAUAUACUAUGAUCCUAUGAUCUGUAAACUUGUUACAUAUGGACCAGAUCGUCAAACUGCCCUAAACACUAUGGCCAAAGCUUUGGACAGUUAUGUUAUUCGUGGUGUGACUCAUAACAUUCCUUUGCUUCGUGAUAUUGUCACCGAGAAACGUUUUGUAUCUGGGAAUAUUUCGACAAAGUAUCUAUCUGAAGUGUAUCCUGAUGGAUUCAAAGGCAAAGUACUUGAUCAAAAAGAACUAGGUACAUUAAUUUCUGUUUCUGCAUCUAUAUUUGCUAAGAAUGAUGCACGCAUUCGAAACUGUUCUGGGGAGUCACAAUGGGAUUUAGUUGCAUCUGUCCAUGAAAACAGUGUUAAUAGCGAUCCUAAAAGUCGUUCGUAUAUUCGCUGCAUUGUAACACGUGACUGCUCAGGUUUUCAAGUUCGCAUGUCAUCGUGGGAGCCUCCCAAGCAUAUUAACCAACAGGACGCAUAUGCUACUUCUCAAUCCUCCAAGUCGCAAGAAACAGUUGUUAGAGUAGCUGAUAAUUUUAAAUUGUCUGAUAAAAUUAUAAACCAUUCAUAUGACGGCAAUGAAGUGACUUUGCAGUUACUCGACAAAAGUAUCAAUACUGUUUGCUUACAAUAUCUUGGUACUGCAUUUCCCAUAGAAAUUAUGAACACAACGGCAGCAUGGUUUCGUGCCGCUUAUAUGCCUCCCCCCCGUGUUAUCGACUAUGGUUCAAUUUGUAUUGCUCCUAUGCCUGGCUUGGUUCGUUCCGUUGCAGUUAAGUUAGGUGAUCGAGUGAGCGAAGGUCAAGAACUAUGUGUAUUAGAAGCCAUGAAGAUGCAGAACAGCAUGACAGCAUCGAGAUCGGGAGUUAUUAAAAAAGUAAAUUUCAAAGCUGGUGAUUCUGUCGGUGAAGGUGAUAUUUUAAUUGAGUUAGAAAAAGAAUAAACUGAUCAAUAUUUAUGAAACAUUUCUACAAUAGCUUAAUUAAUUUUUUCUCUCUUCAUUUAUUAUAUUAACCAUUAUUUAUGGUAUAUUCAUUUUGAUUUCAUUCUAUAUUUGUUUUGCAUAUAUAUUUGUUUCAUUGUUUAUUCACAUAUUCUCCUGUUGUGAGUUUUUUUCUUUGUUUGUUUUGUUUAUCAACUAUUGUCCGUUACCAUUAUUGAUUGUUUCUUAAGAAAAAUAAAAAUUAAAAAAAAAACACAAUAUUUUCCUAUUAAUCAAUAAUAAUUUCCUUUUUGCUUAGUGAUAUAUAUUGUUUAUGUUGAAUAGAGGAGAUUUUUGUAUAUAAUAUGGUUGUACAACGUUGAUCUAUUGAAAAGAUAAAAUUACU